AACCGAGAAACCGGCCGUUAGUCGCCGGCCGUCUAACCGUCUCUCUCAUUGGCCCAAUUCGAGCGGGCGGAGGAGGCAGUUGAGCCCCAACGGUGGGAUUGGGCGGGCGAGCCGAGGAGGCGCCGCGAUGGCGACGAGGAGCGUGGUCUUCGUCACCGGCAACGCCAAGAAGCUGGAGGAGGUGCGAGAAGCGGCCGGAGGGGAUUCUGGAAGCGCUUCCAGGCGCAGGUGGUUUAGGCGCCGCCGCCAUUGCUCUCCGGCCUGAGAGAGAGAGAGAGAGAGGCGUCCGCCCGGCGGAGCCCCGAGGCUCUCGAGUCCGGGGGUUCCAGCCCGUGUGUCGAGGCGCCCUGGGGUGCCGUGAAGGGUGGUCGGGGUGCCGCGGGCAACCCUGGCCUGUCCCUCUUUCCCUCCUCGGACGCCCCCUCACGUCUCUGCCCGCGCGGGCGAAGGGGCCUCUGGGGCUGCCCGGGGGGGGCGGCGCUGGGUGCCAGGCGCUGAGGCAGCCCUCAGAAAGGCAGCUUGGCAAGUGUGGGCGAUGUUCUCCAUUUCUCAAGAAGAGCUCCGCCCCAGACCCCCGAGGGGGUCGCUCCCCCACUGCCAGGGGCCUCCUCUUUCCAGCCCCCAGGAGGCGGGGUGAGGAAGCACCUCUCCCUGGAGGGGGGUCGGCGGCUCAGAGACCAGGCCUGUGGCAGCUGCGGGCCAGAGGAGGAGAGGAGGCUGAGGGAACACUUUAUAAGGGGGCCAUGGACUCUAAACAGUUGAAACCCUCUGAUCUAAACCAACCCCUGAAAUGCGGGAAUCUUUCAUGCAAUGUGGGGCUUAAUCUGAGAUUAACUCCUGUGUGUGUUUGAGAGAGAAAGGGAGGAGAAAGGCAGAGAUAUUGAGACACCCAUUGUGGUGUGUGAGAUGAAUAUAUUCAUUAGGACAUUGUAUAUUGGGGGGAGGCCGUUUUUCCUUACUACACUCCCGGUGUAUACCCAGUCCUGAGCCCUCUCCAAUUGUGGAAGAGGGGAGGAGGGGAAUUUGAUAUAAAGGCAACACUAUUUGGAAAUAAUAAGAUGACAAAAGAUAAAUUUCCUGCAACACAAUUGCUGUCUGGAGUGAGGCCUUGUCAGCAUGUAACACCCUGGUCAGAGUUCUGCACUGGUUGCUUAUUUCUGACAUUCAAGCAUAUAAAGCCCUUAACAAAUUGGGACUAAUUUACCUGAGUUUAUCUAUGAGAUCGCCAUACCUCACCUGUGCCCACUCACCCACUUCAAAAGGUGGAAUUGGCACUGCUACAGAUGCCUGUUCUGCAUUGAUAAGAACUCAUUCGUUCAAUGGGGCAGUGCCUACACUUUGGAGCUCCUUGUCUGUUGAGAUCAAGUAGGUCAGGCAUGUCCAGAGUCCGUUUUGGGGGCCCAAUCCAGCCCACCGGUUGAUUUAAUCUGGCCCCCGUGGCAGUAUAUGUUCUGGGGUAAAAUCCUUAAAAAAAGCUUUGGGGUAAAAUUGUAAAAAAAGCUCAGUGUCUUUGGUCGACCCUUACGCAUGUUCACUUCAUCAAAUCUGGCCUUCUUUGAAAGUAAGUGCUUUCACUGUACUCUUUUCAGUGCUUGCUGAAAACAUUCCUGUUUAGAGAAGUCUGCCAAGAUGCUUAAAAAGUUGAGGUGAUUUUAAUCAGUUUUAGUAAUUUAACUUUUGUAUGUUUUAAAGUACAGUUGCAUUCCCCCCCCCUUGAUUUUACUGUUUUAAACCACUUUGAGGGUGUGUUUUUUUACAUAUUAUGAAACAAAUAAAUCCCCAAAGAGGAGGUACAGACCAUAGAAAAUAAAAUAAUGGACCUCAGCUGUUUAUGAAUGCUAUUACUGGCCAGACUAGCAGUGUGAUAGGUUGCCUCUAUCUGGGGAAAUAGCACAACUAUUCCAUUGAGUUAAAAAAAAAGUUGUGGGUUUUUAUUUUUUUUAAAUGUUUAUCAAUUUAUUUUUUAGAAUACAGUUUCAAAAAAAUCAACAAGAUGCCACAAAUCAAUCGAAGGAAAACAAAAAAUCAUAACUGUAUCCAUGACACUGAGUGAAUUGGGUUUUUGAAUGGGGGGGGGAGCUGAACGAGGGGGGGAAUGAGAGGGGGUGUAUUGUUUAAGGAGUUGAGCAGCUGCCAUGUAAAAAGUGAGUAAACAAAGCAUAGCUGUUUAACAGCAAAUGUCCAUUGUGGAAGCAGCUUUACAUCAGUAUUGUAUUGGAGUCUGAUUACUGUGCUCUUCAUCUUUGCAGGUGAUUCAGAUCCUAGGUGACUCCUUUCCAUACAGGCUGGUUGCAAAGAAAAUAGACUGUAAGUUCAUACCUCACUACAUCUUUGCGUGGCGAGUUCCCGCCCCCCCCACCAGGAUAAAUAAAGACACAAGACACCAUAAUUUAAGGUUAAAUGGGCAAAUUAGGCCACAACUUUAUUGAAUCCAGGAAUGAGAGGCAUUGGCUUAGGCAUUGGUCCUAUCGACUAUCCGGCUCCAGCCCAUUUGCUGGAGACACGGGAAGGGUUAACACCAUAGAGGGGGAGUCUCCUGCUGAGGCACGUCAACUAGGAGCUCCCCCGGGUCACCGCUCGGGGGCGUGCCUUUGGCCCACACCUCCAUAGGCUUCGGACAGGGCCACGCCCGCCAGAGUCCUUUAUCGGACCACCCUUCGUUCACUGGGGGGAGGUGAUGGCGUUCCUCCCCCCCACGCACAUCCUCUUAACCCCUUCUUACCAAUGCCUAACCGCCAAUGCCGAGGAGUUGUGAUGAGUUGCUACGAGGUAGGCGAAAAACCAAAUGGCUGUAAAUUGCUAAUUGGGAAAAAUUCCUACCAUGCCCCUUGCAGCGACAGACCGAAAUCCCUAGCAAAGUCAGAGACCUACCUAAAGCCUACCCAAAGGGAGGGAGGGUGGGAAAACGUGGGGGCUAGCCAGCGAAAAGAGGGCGAGCCCCCUCUGCACCGGCCCUAAAUAGGGCAGGCCACCCCCCCAACCAGCCAAUCGGCCGGGAUUCCCCUGCUCUCGCGGGGGCUGAAACCAGACCCCGCUCAUGUGGGGGUGGGCGUGAAGCCCGCAACCCCACCUCCUGGGCAGGCCGGAAGUGGCUUUGUGCACUUUUUGAGUGUUCCUGCAAUAUGCUAACUGCAACCUUUUCAUUUUGCAGUGCCUGAGUACCAAGGGGAACCUGAUGACAUUUCUAUCCAGAAGUGCCAGGAAGCAGCUAAGCAGGUCCUUUCCCCCCCCUUCUAGAUCUCUACUUCUGAAAGCUUUUUGGGCAAUAUUGCACAAACCUAAGGCCAGAAAAAACUUAAAAUUAUUACAAGCUUCGUGCCUUUCAGAGAGUAUUCUGUUCCCAUUAACAUUAUUCAGUGCCAUUUCACUGAUUGUACAGUGGCCAACUUGGGUUUGUCAUGAGAACUACCAUAUUUUUGGCUCUAUAAGAUUCACUUUUUCCCUCCUAAAAAGUAAGGGGAAAUGUGUGUGUGUCUUAUGGAGCGAAUGCAGGCUGUGCAGCUAUCCCAGAAGCCAGAACAGCAAGAGGGAUCGCUGCUUUCGCUGCGCAGCGAUCCCUCUUGCUGUUCUGGCUUCUGGGAUUCAGAAUAUUUUUUUUCUUGUUUUCCGCCUCCAAAAAUUAGGUGCGUCUUGUGGUCUGGUGCGUCUUAUAGAGCGAAAAUUUAUUCAGUGGAGUUCUGUAAGCCAUUAUGAGUCGUUAAAGAGAAUGCUUGUUUGCAUCCAAUGAAUCUAGUUUCAGUAGCCAGACAUUUUUAAGUGUGUGUUCAAAAUGUACCAUCUCUAAAUUUGCCACACACAACUCUUUCUGAAAUAAAUGCAAAUUAUGCUCAUCUUUGGGACGCAGGUGGCCCUGUGGGUUAAACCACAGAGCCUAGAACUUGCCAAUCGGAAGGUUGGCGGUUCGAAUCCCUGCGACAGGGUGAGCUCCCGUUGCUUGGUCCCUGCUCCUGCCAACCUAGCAGUUCGAAAGCACGUCAAAGUGCAAGUAGAUAAAUAGGUACCGCUCCGGCGGGAAGGUAAACGGUGUUUCCGUGUGCUGCUCUGGUUCGCCAGAAGCAGCUUAAUCAUGCUGGCCCCAUGACCUGGAAGCUGUACGCCGGCUCCCUCGGCCAAUAAAGCGAGGUGAGCGCCGCAACCCCAGAGUCGGUCACGACUAGACCUAAUGGUCAGGGGUCCCUUUAUGCUCAUCUUACCCGUACUAUCUGUUCUUUGUGCUGAAUUCUGAUUGUAUGCUCCUCAGAGAGGAAAGACCUAAUCGCUUAGAGUUUAUAAAAUGCUAUGUAUAUCAGUUGUAUUAUAUAAUUCACUAACUGAAUAAUGGAUACACAAAACAAUGUAUGGCUAGGAAUAUAAUAAUUAUUUAUUCUGUUAUCAAAUCAAUGUGGUCUAGUUCUAAGCCUGUCUGCUGAAAGUGUCCAACUAGAUACCUUGAAUGGGAACUUUAAAGGCUGGUUGGGUUUCUGGGUUUCCUCAGUCCUUUGGUGCUUGUCUUCAGCACCCAGAAAUAAAGGAAUAUGUAAUGUCUUGUAAUAUGGAGGCUUUCAUUUUGGCUGUUGUGGUUAGUAGUCACCAACAGACCUGUUGUCAGUUAGGAUCUUAAACCAGUUUGUGCUGAUUAACAUUGCAACAUCCUGUGUUAAUGAAUUCUACAUUUUUAAAUUUCAAAAUGCCCUUAUAUGCUUCUUGUUUUCUAUUCUUUUUCUAAAAAUAUUAUUAGUGUUUUGUUGGUUGUAGCAUGCAGCCUGAUCUCAAAUUUUGUGCACACAUCUGGACUGAAAUAAGUGAUUUUGACUGAAUUUCCAUAUCUGUAGCUCUUCCACACAAAACUGAAAUACUCUCUUCCACUGUAGAUUUAGAAAGUCAGUCAAAAAGCUCUUGUUGCAUGCGCUGAAGGCUUGGCUCUCUGGAUUGGGCUCAUUAAACUGAUAUAUUCAGAGAACUUUCUCUUGUUGCCCCAGUAUGUCCUUCCUUUCUUGACAUAGUAAGAUUUACAUAGUAAGAUUUACAGAACAUGUUAUUUGAACCUUAUUAAAUUUUAAAGUUUCAGUAAGUCAUUUUGGAGAGAUUCUCUUGGAGUUCUUCAUACUGGAUAGAGGCAGCGGAAGAGAAUGCAAAGAUCAUAUUCACACACAAAAAAUACUGUAGGCAAGUCCCAGGAUGAACAAAAUUUCCAGUUCAGAUUACUUCUUAGUAAUCUGAGUUGAAAGGGACCCCAAGGAGUCCCCCGCAAUGCAGGAAUGAUUAAUUAUGAAAGUCAACUUACUUGUUCUUCGAUCACAUUUGUAUUGAAGCCUUUUGCCAAGGAUUUCUCAAUUGCAUAAAUGUCCUACUCUGCAAGGAGACAAGGAAAGCAGAUGUCAGCAAUAAACCGAUACCGAGCUCUAUAUCAUAGCAGCAACUACAUCUUGGCUAUUAGUCCCAACUGCUCUGGAAGGGUAAUCUUCAAUUAAUGGGGUCCAGCACAUUACAGGAGCCUCUUACGGCAACAGAGCAGGGGAGCCUGUGGUCUCAUAGGGGCUUCUGCAAUGGAGCCCUCAGAAUCCAAGGAUGGCAGUGCCACAUUACCAGGCCAGGAAGGCACUUCCCCCCUCAACCCGGCUUGCUUGGUGGAAUCACUUCUGCAUCUGCCCUCAUAUGCCCUUCCUUUCUACUUCAGAGUCCUCAACCUUAUCCCCUGAAGAAGGUGAAUCUCUCCGAGUCCCUAACACAGUGGGGAUCUUGCUUAUUUCCAUGUAGCAGCUGCAUAGCUGUGUCAUUUGCAAUAAAUUUGCAUAUUAUUAUUAUUAUUUAUUAGAUAUUUAUAAGUUCUUUGGGAAGAUUAUUUAUGUUUACUUUUGGAUACAAAGCCCCUUUACAAUAUUGGGGGAGAACUCUGCUGUCUAAUUAAUUAAAUUGUCACUGUAUUCUCACCAACAGAUCCAGGGACCAGUUAUUGUCGAAGAUACUUGUUUGUGUUUCAAAGCCCUUGGAGGACUCCCAGGGCCGUAUAUGUAAGUAAGAGUUAAGGCUUUUAUUCAGAGGAUAGUUGAUAAAUGGAAAAUGUCAAAAAGUGUUUAACAAUAUUCUUUGAAUCCAUUGACACAUGGAUUAGAUUGGUCACCCAAAUAACUCCUAUCAGCCCCAGGUAGCAUGGGCAAUGGUCAGGGGUUUCGCACCCCGAAAAGUCCGUAAGUAGAGUGCUGCUAUUGUGCAUCCGCACAUCCUUGCACAGUGGGGACAUAGGUUUCUGGGCAAGAGUUGAUCAUGAUGAGGGUUUGCCAAACAUGCCUUCCUCUUAGCUCGUUUCUCCCUUUCGUCCUGAGUUUGUGCUGCUUCAAAGUCCAUGAAUCCAGAGCGUCCCUUAUAUUUCAGUAAGAACUUGGAUGGCAAAUUUAUAGCCGAAUUGGUUUUCUUUUUCUUCCUGGUUGGUGGGGCCAAAAAGCACCCCACAAGAACAAACUGAUAAUAGGAGGGGUAAGCAGUGCCUUUAACCUCUUUGGCUCUACUAGUGUUUACUUAUACUGUAGAUCACAAGUCCAUUUAGCACAAUUCAUAAAGAAUUGAAAUGAAUAGAAGCAAUGGAAAUUACAGUAAUCUAUGCCCUGGUAGCCUCUUUAAUGGGCUGCUGCAAUGUGUUGUGUAUGGGACUGACGUUGAAGACUUUUAGAAACUUCAGUUGUUACAAAAUAAAUUAUUUUAAAUUGUAUGUCACUCUGAGAAUCUUGUACUGAGCCUAUACAGUGAUCAAAUCAGAGUUGGCUAACCUGUAGGACAACAUAAGCCACUUACCCUUUUCCUCAGAGGCCACCUUCUGCUUUUUUUGUCUUUGCUUCUCAGUAUCACAUUGGGGUGAGAAAUUUGUGGCAUCCAGGUGUCAUUGGACUUCAACUCCCAUCAGCCCCAGGCAGCAAAGUAGUUGAGGACAAUGGGACUUUUAGUCUGGAGGGCCAACAGUUUGUCACUUUGGUUUAAAUAAAUAAUUGAAAUAUUUAUUGAAAAUAAAGCAUUUAGGUUUCCAUGCUUAUCAAAUACUAUUUCACUGUUUCUUUUAUUUAUUUGAAAUAAUGAAUAUUAUUUGAACCUGAAUUUUCAUUUCAGAAAAUGGUUCCUAGAGAAGCUGAAACCAGAAGGUAAUUUGGUAUUUCAUCCUACUUCCUUCUGUGAUGAGGCACCUCUCCUGAAAUUUUCUGUUUUUUUCUGCAAUGUAUAGUGAUGCUCUGUAGUGACCAGACUUAUUGGUAGCAACCUAGCUCACUUCCCAUAGCAGUCUGGCCCUGUCAUCAGUCCCAUACCUGGCUUCCCAUUCUUAAGCAGUCAUGCUUUUCUUUUCCUGUAGAGUUUACCGUGGCAUACAGUUCCAGAAUUCUAAAUGUUUCUAGCCUUCCCUCCAUUGCCAGUCGAUCUUCCUUAACAGAUCGUGCCUGAGCUGCUUCUCUUUCCCUCUAUUUCUGCCUUGAAUGAUACUUUUGGGUAUGAAUCUACUUCACUGCCGAGGUAUUAGUCUGGCAGAAAUGGCCCUGAUUUUCUGCUUGAAUAUGUAUUUUAGUCCUGAUUUAGCCAUUCCUGUCUAACAAUACAUCGGCCACAAUUGAAUGUCACAGUAAGCAAGAAACAAAGGCUAAUCAUGCAUGAGCAAAUCUUGCUCACUUUGCUCCUCCCAAGCCAUGAUCCUUGGUGCUUAGCACUGCAUCUGUGGUUUGCAUUAUGGUUUGUUUCGCUCCUGGCUAGCCAUGAGCUGAAGCCAAGGUUUGUAAUGCUAAAUCAGUUCAUAGUUUGUUUCCUUGGAAGUUGCACCAAGCCAGGGAUUGUAAUGUGUUUCUUCCUGGAACAAGUGGGUAGGAGACAAAUAAUUCAGCUAAGCGUGUUAACAAUUGACCAUGGUUAACAGGACCUUAAAUGCUGAUGAAGGUACCCCCUUUCUAAAAAACAGGAAAAGCUGCUUAAAGAGGGGGCAGCAAGGAUCAGAGAAGUGGCAACAGGGUGUUUAACCCUUUCCUUGUCUGCUCUUUCUGGCUGCAUACACACUGUACAUUUAAAGCACAGGGCUUCUCCCACCCCCCCACCCCCCCACCCCCGCCAAAGAAAAGAAUCCUGGGAACUGUUGUUUAGUCCUUACAGGGCUACAGCUUCCAGCAGCCUUAGUGUUGGUAUAGUAGUGUGUAAAAGACCAUGUCAGUCUUACAAUAAUAAUAACACUGAAAACAAUACCUUUGGCCAUCAAGGCAGCAAUAUGUGCUGAGAUGGGUGCAGAACUGAUUGAAUCCCAAAGAGCAGCCUGCCUUCCAACAGUAGGAAAGUGCACAGUUCUCAUAGUAAUGAUAUGAUUCAUGGGAUGUGCGUGGGACACUUGUUCAUGCUCCAAAUGUGUAUGUUUUCUUGGUUUCUACGUAAGUAUCUGCUUGUUGGGCAACACUUUCCCCAAAAUAAAUUAUCUGACAUUCCUUUUUCUUUGGCCUAGGGCUGUACAAACUGUUAGCAGGAUUUGAAGAUAAAUCUGCUUAUGCUCUCUGCACCUUUGCCUAUAGCACUGGAAAUCCAGAUGACCCAGUGAAGCUGUUCAAAGGCCAGACUCAGGUGUGUAUAAGAGGUUUUGCUACAGUGAUGGUUUUGGAUUAAUGAUGGAGCAGGGUGGACCCAAGCUCUGAGCAACCUAGGUUUUGCCAAUAUAACAGUAGUAAUACUUUCCAUGGCCUGUUCAAGUGCAUCACAUAUAAUUAUUUCAGAGAUCUGGUAAAAUACCACAUUUGCUCAAAUCUAAUAUGCACCUUUUUGGCCAAAUUAGGCACCCUAAUUCAAAGGAGCAUUACAUUUGAGUAAACAGGCUCGGCGCACAUGAACACUCCCCUCCAAGCCCCAUCCCUGGGUGGCAGUACCGCUCAGUAUGGGCCUACCCAGCUCUAGCCCCGUCCCCUAUCAGAGGGCUGGGGGGGGGGGAGGCAUCCAAGUUCUGUCCCCGCGAGGACUGGAAGGCAGUAAACAGCAUCCUCCAAGCCCUCAAGGGCAGGGUUGAGAAGGGGGGAAGGAGGGUGGUGACCGCUCAGCGCACGCCUGCCAAGCAAGGUUAUCCAAGCACCGUCUCCCAUCAGCAACGAGGGCUGAGGGAAGAGGGCAUCCAAGCUCUGUUCUAGCGAGGGCUGGAAGACUGUUUAGUUAGGCUUGCCAUAUGUCUGGAUCUCCAGGGGUAUAAUCUCUCUGUGUGUGAUUUUUAGGAUUUGCAUAAACGUUUGGGGGCCAGCUCACACCCUCCUCGGUGCCCUCAAACCACCUGCAAAGCUGCCCAGGGAAGCAAGGAGGGGAGCGCGCACACAGGGUGGGGCUGUGGAAUGCCCCUUUCCAUAGCCACUCCUGCCUCCCCCUCUUCUUUCUCCUCACAAUUACCCAUCAUGUGUUGGGGAAGACGUGAGCGGGGAGGCUGGAUGCCAAGGCACCUCUCUCCCUCUCACACUCUUCUUGUUCCUCCUUUCACUCUCACACACUUCCAAUUUAUCCACUCCUUGGCUAUUUUCCCAUCCUUGGGUCCCAUCCCCUGGAUAAGAGGCUGUUGUGGAUCUCUUCCCUCUGUGCCCCCCCACCUUUCUAUAGAAAAUUCUCUUCUAUUCCCCCCCCCCCAUAAGGCAGAGAAGGUGCACUUGCUUCCCUUUAUCUCCCUCUCUCUAAACUUGCAUCCUCAUCCAAGGGAGGCAGUGGAAAGGCAUCCCUCGACAUUGUGUUGUGCAUUGCAGUUAAUAGGUUAGGAAUUAGAUCAGAACCAGCUGCUUCUUCCCGCCCCCCAAAAGAGGUAGCGGUGGUGACCUGGAUUACAACACCGCCUCCUCCUGGUUUGCAACUGGCAGUGCCAGGCUGACAAAUCAGGGCCCAAGACAGCUCCAGCACUGUUCCAUUUUGGAAUGUUGAUAACAGAGAGUGGACCAACAGGGAGCGGAGAAAAAUGUGUGUGUGAUUCUGCGGUGUGUUUUUUAAAAAACCAGCUCCCUCUGCUUGCACAAGCUCUGAGAGGGGCGGGGGGAGGAGGAGGAGCAGGAGGAGCCAAAGACAGCGCAGGCAGCAGGCGGUCGGGAAGGAGAGGGGUGUGUAGUCCGGGUGGAGCCUCUCUCUCCCUUGCUUGGCUGGCUGAAACUCACUGAUAUAAAGAGUGCACUUUUUGCCCAUUAACAUUUGCCAGCAAAUACUUUUUUUGGUUUCAAGGUUCUGAAAAUUGAAGUGUGCAUUAGAUUCGAUGGUGAUUAGACUUGAGUAAAUAUGGUAGGCUAGUAGAAGGACAAGUCUUGCUGAAGUAGAAUCAAAAUGGCUUCUGCUUUAGAAUUUUUUGAGAGUAUUGACAUGCAUGUGGAUGGGAUGAUUUGAUAAAACAUUAUUUACUUGGACUUUCAAAGAACCUUUAACAAAUUCCUUCACCCAAAUGGUCCUGAGCAAACUUUGCAUUGAUGGAAUAUGGGCUGGCAAUGAUGGCGUAGGAAAGGGAUCUUGGGAUCAUAGUAGAUAACUAGACGAAAACAUUGACCCAGUGUGUGGAACCUGUGAAGAAGACAAAUUUCAUGUUGGGGGUUAUUCAGAAAGGGAUCAAAAAUAAAGCCGCCAGUUGUAAAAUGUUUGUAUAAAUCCAUGAACAGGGGAAACUAGUUACUAAAAGAAAGGGGGGGAAAGUACCUUUCCUUUGAUGCUGUCCACCUCUUCCUCCAUGUUUCUGAAGCAUCUUCAGGAUUCUCAACAGUUGGGAGCCUGGCUUAUACAUCACUAUUUUUUAUGCUGGGCACUGAAUGGGAAUCAAGUACUUUAAAAACCCUCUUACUUAUAGGGACAUAUAGUUGACCCAAGGGGACCUAGAGACUUCGGAUGGGAUCCAUGCUUCCAGCCAGAAGGUUAUGAUAAGACGUAAGUUGCUACUUGUCUCUUUGUUAUGUAAAAUAUCCAAAAUGGGUUCAUAGAGCUCUAUAGCUUUUUAAAUGUAUAUGUGGGAAGGGAAUUAUCUGUUUGUUUUUCUUUUAUUAUGUAAUUUGUAUUCUCAUUUUGUACUUUUCUGUUGUAAACUGUCCUGCGAUCUUCAGAUGAAGGGAGGUAUACACAUUUUAAUAAUACAGUGGUACCUUGGGUUAAGUACUUAAUUCGUUUUGGAGGUCUGUUCUUAACCUGAAACUGUUCUUAACCUGAAGCACCACUUUAGCUAAUGGAGCCUCCUGCUGCCGCUGCGCCACUGGAGCACGAUUUCUGUUCUCAUUGUGAAGCAAAGUUCUUAACCCGAGGUAAUAUUUCUGGGUUAGCAGAGUCUGUAACCUGAAGCGUAUGUAACCCGAGGUACCACUGUACUCUGGUUAGUUUGUACAUUGUAGUUCUACAGAAGAUAAUAAUAAUAAUAAUAAUAAUAAUAAUAAUAAUUUUUUAUUUAUACCCCGCCCUCCCCAGCCAAGGCCGGGCUCAGUUUAUUUCCCAAGGAAAUCAUAAUUCUGCCCUGAAAUCUUUGUGGACACAGUAAGCCUGUUAACUUAUGUGGUGAGGAUUGUGUCUAAAAUGAAAAUCAUGUAUAGUCAAAACACAUUGAGUGCAAUGAUGGAUGGGAUUGCCCAAGUCUUUUUCCCCAGAUGCCCACCCUUUAUUUAUUUAUUUUGCCAAACAAAUAAAUCUGAAUGUGCCCAAAUUAAAUGUGUGUAAGUUAUAGGCUUACUGUGUAGUUACUGUCAGGGGGAGUCUAGUGGAAAUUACAGUAGUUUGACAGCAGUGAAAUUCCAAGAUCUCCAAUGAGAGCCAACAUGGUGUCCUCCAGAUGGCAUGAACUGCAGUUCCCAUAAUCUCUUAACCAUUGGCUAUUCUGGUUAGUGCUCCUGUGAUCUGGCUGCCCUGGGUAAGGGAAGUGCUGCAUGCCUAAUAUAAUUCUUCCUAAUUCAGAAGUGUGUGUUUUAGGCUGGGAGGUGUGCAAAUUUAAAGUAAUAAUAAAAAACUGCUACAGAAUUGGUGGACUAUUACAGUUUAUCUUGAUAAUGUUGCAUUUUCUGUCCUUAGCUAUGCAGAAUUACCCAAGUCAGUGAAGAACUCAAUCUCUCAUCGUUACAAAGCCCUGAAAGAACUGUCUACCUAUUUCUCUCAAGAGCACAACUUGACAGAGACCACAUCUUGUCCCAGUUAGCCUGCCUGGGUCUGUGAGAUCCUGUGGCUUUUGUACAGAAAAUUGUAUUUGAAGUUGGAGAUCGACGUUUACUUGCCUGCAAAGAUCAUGUCCAAUAAUUUUAAUUUUCUUUAAAGACCUGUGUUUCCAGCUUUCUUGCUUGUGAAAUAAUUAUUUCCAAAAAGCAGCAUGGCAAAUAUGUGUUGAAGGAUUUAGAUUUUCACUAGAAGCACCAGAAGAAUUCAAGAUACACUAGCAUACAGGAAUGAAGAUGCAAGAAUAAGCAUUAACUGUUCAAGUACCAGGAAAAUAAACACUGGAUUGAUGUGCUUUGUUAUCAAGACAGGCCCUUGAAUUUCCAAGGCAAACCAACAAUGGAGCAGGAGCAGAUUUUGAAAAGAGACAAGAAAUGUCUUAAGGCACCUUCUUCCAAGCAAAAGCUAAAGUGACUAGAGCCAGUGGUGCAGCUCAAGUGGGGCCCCAAAACCCAGGCCCCCCCAAAAUGACCACACAGAUAGCAGGAAAUGACGGGGGCUUGCCUAACCUCCAAUCAGUGGUGUCACUGUGACUUCUCGGGGCGGGGGGAGACAGCAGAGAGUUUAGCGUGGUGAAAAUGCACUAGAUGGGCUCUGCCAGUGCAUAUGCACCAUGCUGACCUCAUUGCUUCUCCCUGCUGGUAAGUUGCAGUGAUGGUUACUGUUGUGUCAGGGUCUGGUCUGGAUCGGAAGAUUGGAGAAUGCAAUCACAGGGAGAUCAGCUCUUAACAGAAGAGGAAGGGAAAUACCCCUCCCCCAUUCCCAGCAUUUCCAGAAGCAGAGACAGAAGCUGCACAGUUCAGAGAGGAGCUACCCAGCUUUGAGAGAGGAGCUAGGCAACCAGAAGGGAGGGAGCAGCUGGGCGAUACAUCCUUCGAGAGUGGGGGGAACCCCUCCCUCCCCCUGAACUCGGAGAUCCGAGUGUGUCAGAGAACAAAGGAGACGCAGAGGAGGAGGGACAUCUUGCUGCAGAAGUGAGGAGGGAUUAGAGUGAGCAUCUGCUAUCCUUGCAGAGAGUUGCCUGUCUGCUCACAACAUGAUACUGUGAUAAAAAGACUAUAAAUCUACCAAAUGCUUGUUAAUUCUUAUUGGUGAGCUACCAGAAGGGAGAAGGGAACUCCUGUACUUGACAUGUUGGUAGGAAAGUUCUGCCCUCCUCCUGGUGACUGCUACUGAUCAAGUAGCCCCACGUAUACACCUGGGCGGACAUGGACAUGGUGGAGCCCACUAUGGUGACAGCUGGUUGCUGGAGUAUUAUUUUUCCUUUUCCUUUUAAAUGUUUUAUCGUCAGGGGUUGUUGGCCAGGCAUAUGCAUUAGUAAGGAGGGGGAAGAAAUUUGAUUCAGUUCACAUUUAAAGGCGAACCUGCUUUUAAGCCACAGUUUCCUACAGAGUACAAGAACACAGUCAUCCGUAAGUAAUCAACAUUCUCUUAAUUUUGCAAUGCAGAAAAUUAAGGCCUGUCUCUUUGGGCUUGCUAGGAAGUUUUGCAGAAACUAUUUUCUUAUUUUUGUUAAAUAUUUUUUAUUAAUUUUCAAUUACAAAAAUCCAAUAUGCAUCUUAUUAUAUUAAUACUAAAUAGAAAUACCAAUUCAAGUACAAAUCAAUUACAUAGCCAAUUAUAAAUCUGAUCUGGCUUCCCACAUGCUGUACUUCAGGGUCAGAGUCCCACCUCCAGAUUAUUGCUCAACGCAAAUACAAUCGAUUCUUGAUAAAAACCCUUAUACCACAGCUAUAAUAAUUAACUUCAGUUUGCAUUAACACAUAUAAUAAUUUGUAAAUUCGCAAGUGAACUUCUCCUUUAUUCUUCCUGUGUGAGGUUUUAAUUUCCAUCAAUUGUUCCUUUAAUUCUUUAUCAAAUAUUAUGUCUAUAUUAAUUAUUCCUGAUCUCCUUUGUGCCUUACGGCUGUGUUGACUCGAAGUUACUCUGGAGAGGUCUCUCUCUUUGUUCUCAACUCUUCUGAUGCAGCUGGAAAUUCCACUUUCGAUUUCAAGCAGGGAGUCACCCAAUGUCCUGCCAAAGCCCUGGUGGGCCUCCAAGUUCUCCCCUCCACAUCCAGUUGAAGCAAUUAAUUAUAAUUAUGCAUAGAAGAGUGAUCUGGUGCCCUGCCAGAGCUCCGGCAAGUCUUCAAAGUCCAGUCCCUUCUCCCCUCAAUGAGGGGGCAAGUAAAAAAAUUAACUCUGCCCUUUUUAUAAUUAUUCCAAAUAUUAAUAUUUUCCUCACACAGUCCCAUUUUUCAUUAUAAUCCAUAUCUGUACUCCCAUCUCCUUUCUUCUUAACUUGCUUUAUUUUCUUUGGCAUUCUCGGGGGGGGCGGGUUGCCGAGUCAUUUAUGUAACAAAGGAAUUAUAAUGAAGUGAUUGGCUUCCCCCUCCCUAACAUACUAUCUUGCUGCUCGAAUGAAGUUAUCUUCCAAUUUAAAUCUGUACAACCUUGUAGCUGUUUCGAUUCGACAGUCCUUAAUCUUGUCCCAUCAUUACCGGCACACGUCUGUGUAUUAAUCCUAAUUAAUCUCUUAAUGAACAGAAGAACUGCUGCUCUUAAUAGCAGCAUUGGAGGGUUACCAAGAAGUGAAGUGCUUUUGCACGCAGCUUCUCCCUACCUCUCACCUCCAUGUCAGAAUGAAAGGCAGGUAUCGAAACGAUCUCUCCCCGGGCCCUGGGGGGAGCUUUCAAGGAUAAUUACCCUCAAAUCAUCCUUGUUUGUCUUUGCUAAAGGUCUCUGCUAUCGUGGGAGCUGUGCCAUUAAGGCAACUGGAAACCGGAAGCCAAACACACACUUUUCAACAUGGUGGGGGCACCAAGGGAAAACACUUCUGCCAAGGCUAUGACUCCUGUUUCUCUCUUAAUAGUUAAAUUAACCCCUCUCAACACCCUGUAGUAAUCUGUCCAGUAUUAUGAUAACCAGGAGCAAGACUUUAUUCUUAGACAGGCAUCCCCAACCUGAAGCCCUCCAGAUGUUUUGGCCUACAACUCCCAUGAUCCCUAGCUAACAGGACCAGUGGUCAGGGAUGAUGGGAAUUGUAGUCCAAAACAUCUGGAGGGCCGAAGGUUGGGCGUGCCUGCUCUUAAACCUCCUCAUCCCCCUGUUUAUUCAGUUUCUGUCCAGUGUGUUCUGCCAAUAAACAGCUUUCCUUAGACUGUGAGGAUGUAGAAUGUUACUAGUUUGUGGGUGCGACUCCCUUAUGCCAUGAGUUUUUCUGGGUGCCAGGCAUUGAGCUCCUGGGUUCAGCAAAUGGCUUUAUUUCAAAGAGAAGUUCAGUUCUUUGUAUAUGCCCAGGAAAACAUGUUGAAUCUGUGAGAAUAUUCUGGGGUUUAGUAUUUAAAUUUCUGGACAGAAUACAAGAAAAGCAGUCUGCUAGAGUACUUUCACAAAGCUGAUAUUAGCUGUCAAAAGGAAAGCAUAAAAUGGUGAAAAUAAAUCUGUGCAACUGCCUCUCAGAAAUUGCCUAAAUGCUAUCUUAUUCUGUUUUAACCACCACCAGCCCUCACACACACAGGAGCACCACCAUCAUAGUCUUACACCCAUAUCUAGUGAGAAAAAUAACCUCCCUUAAGAGAGUUCCCAGAUUUCUCCUUUUUCAACAUACUUCAUCAUAUUCUACACAGUAUUUCACUGCAUCCACCUGUUACCGUAGCAACAUGUUCUAAUCUACAGGGAAAUGUUGCUCUGCCUCCCGGGCUCACCGCCUCCCGUUAGGCAUGUGUGCACAUGCGGGGUGACAAUGCAUGGCUAGUCCCUUCCAGCUCUACAGUUCGUCCUGCACAAUUCAUAUCUGAAUGGUUUCACAGUCAUCUCAUCUGUGCUGCGCCAGCAUGGGAUCUUGAGGUGCUGCCCUUGACUCCACUGGCCGGGCCUGGGUACGGGGUGCCCCUGGAGAGAAUUCCCUCCCACUUGGGAGGCUUCCGCUGGCAAGGUGGGUGUGCAGGUGAAUGCGGACAGGAAGGCUGGUGAUCUCUCACUGCCCUGCCCUUCUCUUCUUUAUAGUUUAUGAUUUUCAGUUUGAUACAUUCCAGUAAUUUUACCAUCAUUUUAACAUUUCAAAACUUGACUUCCCCCUCUUUCUGCUUUUCAUUAAAUUUAUUUAUUUUUAUGUUUUCUGCAUAUCUAAAUGAAUGAAUUUGCUCACCUAUUCAUCUACAUUAAAUAUAUAUACUCUUACAAAUGGGGGGACUUUAUAAAUGGGGGACGUGGGUGGCGCUGUGGGUUAAACCACAGAGCCUAGGACUUGCCGGUCAGAAGGUCAGCAGUUCGAAUCCCCGCGACAGGGUGAGCUCCCGUUGCUCAGUCCCUGCUCCUGCCAACCUAGCAGUUUGAAAGCACUCAAAGUGCGUGUGCUGCUCUGGUUUGCCAGAAGUGUCUUAGUCAUGCUGGCCACAUGACCUGGAAGCUCCCUCGGCCAAUAAAGCGAGAUGAGCACCGCAACCCCAGAGUCGGUCACGACUGGACCUAAUGUUCAGGGGUCACAUUACCUUUAUUCUUAUAAAACUGCAUGUUAUUACAAUAUUCUUAUCCGUUUACAGUUUAUUUGUAAAUAUCCAAUAAACCAUUUCCAUUCUUUUAUAAAUAGUUGGUUAUCUUGCUAAUUUUUCUGGUAGGUUUCGCCAUUUCUGCAUACUCCAUAAGUUUUUGUAUCCAUUCUUCUUUCACUGGGACAUAUUCUUCUUCUUUCCAUUUUUCGGCAAGUAACUUUCUUGCCACUGUAGAUGCACCCAUCCUCACAACUGUUGGGAAAAAGAACCCCCGGGGAUAAAAGCAUGAUCAAAGACUAGUAUAUCUGUAUUCCAAACUUUAUUUAAAUCCAUACAAAAAUUAUUUAUAUAUUUCUUUAUUUAUAUAUUUGGAAUUGUGGGGAGGGGGGAACUGGGCGUGGGAGGGGGGUAAGAGCUCCGCUCGAGCUGCUGGUCUCACUGCUGCUGUUGCCUGGAAGAGAAAAGAAGAGAAAGGAUUCUUAAUAUUUUAAUUGAUUCUUAUGCUGAUAACCCAUCUUUCUGCACCCUCCGCCCCACUGCCAGAUUUUCUCUGGUCUCCCUGUUCCUGAGGAAGAAAGAUCAACACUCACCAUCCACGUUGUUAUCGGUGGACUCCAUCCCCUGGUCGCAUGGUCUCACAAAAAUCGAUCUGAUCUUCACCACCUCCUCCUUCCCGUCCUUCAUGAUGUUGACCUCCUCCUUCCACUGAUCUCCUUCCUCCUCCUGGCAGACCAGGGGAUGUAUCUUGGGCAACCGGCAGCAGGAGACCAGCAGCCCACGGAGCCUCCUCAGACUUCGGAACCUAGGGAAGAAGAGGAAACAAUGAGGAAAUGGGUUCUAGAGAUCUCUGUGCUGGAUUUGGGGCUCCUGGCAGCUAAACCUCCCCUACAUUUCAGAAAGAAGGAGAAAUCCUACUUACACUUGAGACAAAGAGAGUCUUUGAAUUCUCUCCUGCAACAUCUCUGCUCUCCCUCACUAGCUAUCUUCAAAUGGUUGCUCUUCCCAAAGUGCUCAGCCAAGUCACUCAGCAGGGGGACGUGUCACAAUGGAGGAUGUGACCCCCUUACUUUAGCUAUCUUGCUUAAUAAUGGGCAUUGUUCCCCUUCACAGUCACUUUUCAAAUCUAUCUUUCAGUAGGUUAAGCAGUUUUAUUCUAUUUAUUUAGAAAAGAUCUCGAGCUGGCUUCAUCCAGCCCGGUGCAUUUCUGGACAGGACAGGAAACCCCUUGCAAACACGAUGCGGUCAUCAAGGGAAAGCACUUCUGGCCUAGACUACGGCUGCUGUUUCUCACUUCAUAGUUCAAAAUAACCCCUCUCCACACCCUGUAGUAAUCUGUCCAGUAUUACGUUUAAAUGUACCCCAAGCUCUACAUUGGAUUCUUGGUUAUUAAAAACUGGUUGAAACAAUUUUAUUUCAUUCACGAAAGAAAACCUGACAUGGGAUUCUGAUCAAGGUUUAUAGACAAUGGGUGAGACAUUUAUUGAUCCUUUUUGUAAGUUAUUAUUUGUCUACUUUAGUGUAUUAUUUAUAUACAGUAAUCAAGAAGGGGUUGGGGUGGGAAGCAGUUUUGAAUAUGAAAAUGGUGGAUGGCUGUCAUUAGUUCAGAUCCAUUUCAUAGAAUCAUGGAAUCUUAAGAGUUGGAAGGGAGCCAGGGGUCAUCUAGUCCAACCCCCUGCAAUGCAGGAAUUUCAGCGACAGCAUCCCUGACAGAUGGCCAUCCAGCCUCUGGUUAGAAACCUCCAAGGAAGGAGAGUCCACCACCUUCCAAGGGAGUCUGUUUGACUGCCAAACCGCUCUUACUGUCAGAAAGGUUUUCACGAAUGUUUAGUCGGAAUCUCCUUUCUUUGAACUUGAAGCCAUCUGUUCGAGUCCUAGUGUCCAGAGCAGGAUAAAACAAGCAUCCUCCCUCUUCCAUGUGACAGGCCUUAAGAUAGCUGAAGAUCUCCUCUCAGUAUCCUCUUUUCCAGGCUAAACAUACCCAGCUCCUUCAAGCAUUCAUCGUAAGGCUUCGUUUCCAGACCCUCGAUCAUCUUGGUCACCCUCCUCUGCACAUGGUCCAGCUUGUCAGCAUCCUUCUUAAACUGUGGUGCCCAGAACUGGACACAGUAUUCCAAGUGUGGUCUGACCAAGGCAGAAUCGAGUGGUACUAUUACCUCCCUUGAUCUGGACACUAGACGUCUGCUGAGGCAGCCUAGAAUAGUGUUAGCUUUCUUUUGCUGCUGCAUCACGCUGUUGACUCCUGUUAAGCUUUUGGUCCACCAAGACCCUUAGAUCUUUUCCACCUAUACUGCUAGAAAGCCAGGUGUCCCCCAUCCCAUCUUAGUGAAUCUGGUUCUUGCAGAACCUGACAUGACUCCCUAUUGAAAUUCAUUUUGUUUGCAUGUCACUUGUCACCCCACUUGUCACUUUUCCCCAGGAGGACGAGGAACCAUUCAUGGCUGCUCAUCAUGUCCCGGCCGUGGGCAACAUUUGCAGCCUGGUGCAUUGCACCACCAUCUCGGAGCCACACUGCUCCUGUGGCUCUGCCUCCCGGGGUCACCGCCUCUGAGUUCCCGCCGGAACCCAGCCGUUUGAAUCAGCCAAUCUGCAGCGGUCCCAGGGGAGUGGCAAAUCUAGGAGGAGCAGACCUUACCGAUGCAGGCUUCCCUCUAGUCCGCUCCUCUCAUCGGGGAGGAAGUUUGCCCCCACACCAUGUGUUUCUGCUGGAGGCAAGAAGGCAACAUCGGUUGGCUCUUCCACUGCACCUGGGGGCCUUGUGACCACCAUCAAGCGGUCAGCUUUCUCCUCCAGCUGUCAGGUUCUUUCCUGAUGUCCUUUGGGUUGUUUAUCAAUUUUCCUUUAUCUUUGAUUUUAGAUAUAAUAUUUUGAGUUUCCUUUUUCUUCAGUUGCUACACCAGCAACUUUCCUGAUUUUUUUGCAUGUUCGAAGUACUUCUGUUUUAUUCUUUUUCUUUAUUAUUGAUCAUUGAAUUUGUAAUAACUUAAUAGUUUGCUUUAUAGUUUCUUUGUUGGGCUUCUGUAUUAAUUCUUUUUCCUUUUUUGUCAAGGCCUCUAAAAUUUCCUUUUUCUUCUGUUCUCCCAAUUUUUUUUUAAUAUGCAUUUUGUUGUAUAAACAGACCUCUCCUGACCGCCUUACUGGCAUCCCAAACCACCUGUAAUUUUGUUUCUCUAUUUAAAUUUAAUUCAAAAUAAACUCCUAAUAUUUUCUCUGCUUUUUCUAAAAGUUUCUGAUCAUCCAACAACUCCUUACUCAAUCUCCAUCUACGAGUGGAGUCAUUUCCCUCUCGUAGCUGCAGUAUUACUGGAUUAUGAUCUGAAAUUGUUCUUGGUAAUAUUUCUAUUUUUUUUAAUUCUGAGUUUGUAUUCUUGUUAUAAAAAAAGCACGCCUAGACAUUCAGCUUCUGCGCUCAUAACCUAGGUUUAAGGUGCCAUUUAGCUCCUAGUGUUCAUAUCUCAGUUUCUAACCCUGCACCUGUAUGUACACGUAAAGGUAAAGGGAUCCCUGACCAUUAGGUCCAGUCGUGACUGACUCUGGGGUUGCGGCACUCAUCUCACUUUAUUAGCCGAGGGAGCCGGCGUACAGCUUCUGGGUCAUGUGGCCAGCAUGACUAAGCCGCUUCUGGCAAACCAGAGCAGCACACGGAAACGCCGUUUACCUUCCCGCCGGAGCAGUACCUCUGUGGUUUAACCCACAGCGCCACCCAUGUCCCUGCAUGUACACAUACAUACACACAAAUGAAGGAAUGGAGAGAGAAAAAGAAGAUGGAGAAAAGAGAAGAAGAAAAGGGGGGGUGCGUGUGUGCAGAGAAGAAUUAGACGUGGAAAGUAAUAAUGUAAAAGUAGGGGUGUAAAUAAACCAUUUUUAACUUACCAAACGUGGUCUUUUCCUAUGCUGGGGUAAGAGAGGACUCAUUUUUUUAAAAGUCUAACAGCCUAUAUUGUCAUGUUUUGCUGCAUAUUUUAAAGCUCUGCUGGGGUUCUCUCACCAAAGAGUACUUGCCCCGAACCUAGAUCUAGGCAUCCAGGGAAUUUUCCUUUUAUACCUAUAUUUUUCCUUGCCUACCAACAGGAUGCUACUGUGGGGCAGUCAGGUGGGGGGUGGAUGGGAGGCAGACGCAUGGCCCAGUGACUGGUCAGGGAUAGAUGGGAAGUUCUACUUCAACAUCCAGAAGGUCACAGGUUUCCCCAUCACUGAACCAGAAGUUACUGUUGUCAUUUUGGAAAACCGUUAAAAUGAUAUAUAAUGAAAUUCAACCAAGGGGAUUUGAGGAAGUCACUUAAUAAUGUUACCAAGAUUUAAACAGGAUGUAUGUUUGUUUGUUUGUUUGUCUUUCUGUUUGUUUUAAAUUUUAGAAAAUCAAUUAAAAAAUUUG